AUGAGUUCCUCAAGAAGUCAUAAAAGAAGACGCGACUCGGACGACGAACGCGAUGAGAGAUCGAAUAAACACUCCAAAAUCUCCCCUUCCUUGAAAGCAAGCAUAAAACCUAUUGAUCAGGACGACUAUUUUGAAAAAGCAACAGAGUUCAGACUUUGGCUAAAAGAACACAAGCACAAGUAUUUUGAUGAACUUAGCUCUAAAGAGUCAAGAAGAUAUUUCAAAAAAUUUGUUAGAAGGUGGAAUGAUUAUGAAUUGGAAGAAAAAUACUAUAAGGGCCUAAAUUCCUCUCAAUUGGACUCUUCUGAUACAACACGCUAUAAAUGGUCAUUUGCAAAGAACUUGGAUAAAAUGGAAAUGGAUAGUAUUAAAGAUAGUGUUGAUAGCAUGACAGGAUUAAGCCGUGGUGAUGAUAAAGUCAGAGCAUCGGGUAAAAGAAGAGCUCAAGCAGUAGGACCAACCAUUCCUGAUGCUGUUGAUAAAGAAGAGCAGUAUGAAAGAGAGCGAGCAAGUCGCAAAUAUGAAUCAAGAAGAAAGAGAGAACACAGAGAAGCCGUGUUGGAUGAAAUAGCACCAAAAGAAACAGGUCGAGAAGCCGCUCUUGCAAAGAAGAGAGCAUUGAGUGCAUAUCAUAAGCGGGAACGUAGUCCUGAUGUUGAACUACCAGAAGCUGAUUUAAUGGGUGGUGAUGAUUUUCAAUCAAGGUGA